UUCCGUCGGUGUGUAACCGCCCACAGCACCCAGAGCUCUGCGGCACCCUGCGCUCUCGCCUUCUAGUUUGUUUACCUUCUUUAAAAAACAGUUGUUGUUGUCUGUCGACAGGCAUUGCCAUUUAACCCGAUACGAGAACGUCUGUGUACAUCCACCACCAUUGACGUCGUGGCCCUCCCCAUCUCCUCAACACCCUCAUUAUGGCCUUCUCCGGCACCCGUCUCAGUUUAAGUUAUAUUAGUCGCCAUAUCUGGGGUUUACAGGCGUCCUUACCGGUAGUGGGCUACAAGAGCGCUGUAAGUUUGGGCAAGAUUUACCCCUCAAGUGACCUCUGCAUUACUACUUUACAAACGCCUCCAAAGACUGAAGGCCUCAACUUUUCUGGUUAUGUGCCAAUGGAUAGAGUGCAGGUAUCAUAUUCUCGCAGCAGUGGACCAGGUGGACAAAAUGUCAACAAAAUUAAUACCAAAGUUGACCUGCGAUUUCAUGUGACAACAGCUGAUUGGCUCUCACAGGAGCUGAAAGAAAGAAUUGCUGAAAAGUACAAGAGCCGUGUAACUGUUGAUGGAUAUUUAGUCAUACGAUCAGAUAAGACCCGAUCACAGCAGCUGAACUUGGCUGAUGCAAUGGACAAACUGCGGCAUAUGAUACAUACAGCAGCUCAUGUUCAAAAAAUCCCACCUGCAGAAGCUGAGGAAAGAGCUCGUAGAAGGCACGAAGCAUCAGUUCGGGAGCGAUUGCGCUAUAAGAAAGCCCACUCUCUUAUCAAGCAAGGAAGGCAGAACAAUGAGUGUGACUGAUGAGUUGUGUCGACCACUGUCCUCAAAGACAGUAUUGGUGUACCUUCAACUGUCAUCAGAUUAAGCAGUUCCAGGAAUGUACUGCAUUAUCUUUCACUGUAUAUUUGUAUAGUUACAUUAAUAAUGUAUAUCAGUAUUUGUGGAUACUUGUAUCUAUUUCACUAAUCACAUUGAUAGAAUACAAAAAUUGAAAGACAAUACUGCAAUCAUCCUAAAAUAUUCAUGUUGAAUGUCUUUGAUAAAUAGGCUGCAAUAAUCAUAAUGUUUAUCAAGUUAAUAAUCAUGCUAAAUACUGUACAGCCAUUUUUAAUUAUUUGUAAUAAAUAAUUAAAUUCA